AUGCAUUAUGGGACUAUGGCGACCAAUAUGGCGACCAACGCAGGUGAGGAAAUUGUUUCUGAGGGAGAUCCCAACCAGGUUGUUCCGCCCAAUGAUGCAAAACAAGAAGUCUCGGAAGGUAAAGAACAGAAUCCUUAUGGUGACUUUGCAAGCGCCGAACCGCCUGAGCUGAUUCAGCCCGGUCCACCAGAAACGCGGAUGAAGAGAGUCGAUCCACGACAUCAAUGGAUCAACACAGAUAAAGCAAUACCUUACUUAUGUAAACUAUGUGACUACACUGCAGACUGUUCGGAGGUUGGUGAAACUUGCUCUUGAUUGGUUUCAAUGCCACACAAUUCGCUCCAUGCAUUUAAUGAUAAUCCCUUGUGCAGUCCACUUUCAAUAUCCGCAAAGUUUAGACAAAAUGUCUGUUUUCAAUUCAAUUUUCUCGUUUAUUACAGGCUUACCAGUAUCAUUGCAUGAGUCCACGACACAUAAAGCGUGCAAUUGAAGAAUUUAAUAUCAAGAUUCCAAAGAGACUAGAGGAGAAAGAGGAAAAAAAGCCCCCUCCUCAGUACAAUUGUCAGGUAAAGAUCUGUCCGGUUUAUUGUCAAUUCGCCCUUAAGUCAUGUCGCUCGAAGUCGUGUCACCUGCAACCAGAGUCAUGUCGUCCUAAGUUUUUAGUCACCUCGAAAGUUUUGGAAUUAGGUCAUAUUUACAGUGGACUUUCACUAUUGAAAGUUCUGUAACGCAAGUUAAUACAAAGGGUUGUUCAAUCAAUCAGUACCUUUACCGGUUUCUAUAAAUAUACCAUGUUGAUGUUUUUACUUGUGAUAAAAAUUGGGUGACAUGUCUUAGGAUUUUGAACAACUUGACAAAAACUUUGGGUCACAUGACUCUGGUUUCAGGUGACAUGACUUUGGGCAAAAGGACUUUUAGGUGCAUUUGUGACUCUUCUUCAUACAAACUCCUUUCAUUUCAUCUUUGAAUUCUGAUAGGUUUCUUAUGAUACUUUCUUUGGCAGCUAAUGCCUGCAUGUGCCAAAUGGGGGAAUUUUACUGCUAUGGGUGUAAGACUUUACUUCUCUGUUUUAACAGGUGUGUUUAGUAACAUGCAAUAGUGACUCUGCUUGGAAUGCUCACCUGAUUGGUCAAAAACACAGAAAGGUAAGUAGAAGUAUAAAAAUGCCGAACAGUAUAUACAGUAACUUAUAUUGUUGAGGGUUCAGAAUCUAUGCAUUUCAUAGAUGUUUUUUUUUUAAAAAAGGCAAUUAAGGUCACUGUAUAUCGUGUGGGGUUGUACAGUUAGAUGCUGAUUUUGUUUACCUUGGGGACAAAGGAAAUUGGUUUCACAUGGGAGGGAAAGCCAAAUUUGGGAUAAAAUAUCCUUUAAAUCACCAAGACUUUUAAACUUCUAAAUCUCAUGUAUAUUAAGUGGCAUCUGGCAAAAUUUCCUAAUCACUUAGUGUGGUUUUCCUGGCUAUGUGUGUCAUCAAAAAAACCAGUGGCAGCUUAAUAAAGAGAAGAAUAAGGAAGUAAACUAUAAUUUGAGGUGAUUCUGCUAAAUUGUUAAAGGUACUGACUUGUGUAUGUUGCAGUGAGAAGACAAGUGUGAUGUUUUUGCUGUUGAAACCAAAGAAAGUGAUAAAUGUCUUAAGAUUUUGAUAGGCAUUUGGCAGCUUUAGUCACAAGCAAGAUGUUUGCAUUAGCAAGAUGUUCCCACAGUAAAAGCUGACUGUGUUAUAUCUUUUCUUUAGUGGCAAGUUUACCUAGUUGUGUAUUUUAUACUUUGCUAUCAGGCUCUCGAGAAACAAGGAGCUGAGAAAGCACAGCAAAAAGCCCAGGAGAGAGGUUUCAUGAACACAGCAAUGAACACAGGAUUCAAUAGGGGUGGCAGAGGAGGGGGUGGUCCUGUCAGAGGAGGGGCAUAUCUGCCUGGUCAUUCACGCAAACCUUAUGAAAAGCCAGUGCAUGCUGUGCAGCAGCCCAGCCUGAGUGGUCCAAUAGGGGCUAAAGACUUUGCUACAUACCCUGAGCCUCUUAUUGGUAAGUGAUCUGCAAUGAUUGGAGUUUGUAUUUCACUUCUAAAUCAUGGCAGGAGUUUGUUAGCUGAAUGCAGACUCCAUAUCACACUUGAUGCUUUGAUAUGUGCACUGUACCUGCCUAGUACCUCUCCAUGUUUACUUGCUCUUGGCGUUUAUGUUCUACUUUACAGAGCAAGAUGCAGCUGAUCAAUGGCAUAUCAAAAACAAACAUCAUGUAUUUAGUAUUUGAAUGGAAAUCAUUUGUUUGACAUAAGUGAUUUAGCAGACAUGUCUGUUUAAAUGAGGAUUACAGAGUGGGCAGUUGUGUUAUGUUAGCCCUUUAAACCCUAUGAUGACCUGCAUCUAAUUUCUCCUAACAGUAAUACUAAUGAAUCUUUCAUUACCAUCAUAAGAGCAGAGGAAAUGAUCACCAACCUAACAAGCCUUAACUAUUAAAUUCUCUGUGGGUUAUUCGGUGAAUCAGAAUCCAUGGAGAAUAUGGAUUCUGAUGUGAGGGUUUAAAGGGCUAAAAUUCAGGGUACUAAUGAAGCUCAACAAAAAAUGAUGAAACGUAGGUGUUUGUCUCCUAUGUUUGUGCCUUUUUAGAGGAAUUUUUAUGUGUCAAAAUUUCCUUUUUUUGGCAGCAUUACUACCUUGACUUACAGCAUACAUGUUAAAUGUAUUUUGUGACUAGGCUGUAUUUCAGAAGUCCAAGGGAGUAGGAACCCUGAUUACUUCAACCUCGACAUUUUAACUUGCUUCUCAGUUGUUCUGUGCAUAGUAAGAUCUGGAUUGAUGGUUCUAGGGAAAUCCAAGUAUCAAUAUUUCACAGGUCAGAUGGAGAGGCAAAUUAAGUGGAGGGGUUUUUCCAAUGGCUUGUUAUGCACAAGUCACAUGUAGAUAACUAGCACUUGUGUCUAGUUUAUUUUUCAAUCAUUUACACCAACCACAUGGUUCAGGUGUUACAUGUACAUGUAAACCUGGGCAUUAGAGGGAGGAGACAAAUGAGUGUCUAACUCAAACUGCCACAUUACAUAGUAACAAACUGCAGUGGAUAUCAUGGGUGAAAAUAUUCAUCUAUGGUUUAUUAGGAAGUUUAUUUUCACCUGUUUUACAAUUUGGCGUGUUGUGCCACUUGUUCUGUAGGCCUGGAGUAUGUUACAGAAAUCCAGGUUAUAGGACAGAGUCCAAGAUAUCACUGUGAACUAUGUGACUCCAAAUUUGAUCACAACUUGAAGUUCCCACAUCUUGUUGGAAGCAAACAUCGUUUCAAUGUACUGGUGAGUAGGAAAGACUGCUGAGAUUGUAGAAUGGAAACCUUUUAGGCCCAAAACAUGGUAUUAGCAUUGUUUUUUUCUCAGCAUGCAAAGUGUAUGUAAUUGCAAGCAUUUUUUUUAGUUUUCUUUGCUGAUUUUUGCAUCCCAAUCCAAGAACAGCAGUAAAAAUAUUUCUUUUACUGGUUUUGUUCAUCCAUGAAGUGGGCAUGCAUUGUUAACAUUAUGAUAUGAAUUAUCUUGUAGUUGAAAUUUUUUUCCAACCAGUUCAAUAUUUAUUUUCCCUCUCAGUCAUUAUAUGACAGAGAAUGCAAGAUAAUGGAAAAUGAAAACCAAACUGGUUGAAAAAUUUAAAGCUAAAACUGUUUAAAUUACUUGUAGCUCAACACAUAUUCCUGUUCAUUCACAGGUUGUCUUUAUCAUUAAAAAUGCAAGGAAAACAAAACAAAACAAAAAACAGAAUAUCAUAUGUUUGUCACUCAACAAGCAAUGAACCAGCAUAAAGGCAAAGUUCCUUUUUGCCCAGUAUUUUUCUCCUUAUUCUCAAAGGCUUUCAUGGAGAAAUACUUUGCAUGUUAAUUGUCUUAGGAUAAAAGUUUUCUUUUCAAUCUCAGAGGUACAGUAUGCAAGGGACUGUUCUGUAUAAAACUGUGCAGCAUAUUUCAGAGCAGGGAUUGAAAGACUGUCUUUUACAGAAGCGUAAUAUGUAUCUUAUGGUUUGCAAAGCUUUUUUCAGUUGGUUUCUCUUGCCCUAAACAAUUAAGAAACCAAUGAGAAAGCUGCACAUUUUCUUGAUGAAGCUGCUGUCCAGCAAAACAAACAAUUAAUUUGAUAUUGGUAAAACAAGCAUGUAAAGUUGUUUUGAGCCUUUUUAAGGCAUGCCAGUGGGGAUAAAGUUGGUGGAAAAGGGAAAUGCUGUCUCUUUUCUUCUUGUUCCAUCGCACGCCUGUCAUCAUGUUUCAACUUCCAUCCCUCACAACACUUAAUAAUUAACAAUUAUUCCCCAAAGUGGAGGCAAAUAUCCAGAUUUUUGACUGACACUGAGGAAAAUAAUUGUUGUAGUAUAUACCACCCAGAUACCAGAAAUUAGUUUGUUUCUUUAAAUAUACCAAAAAAUAACUAUUAACACAUGGUCUUGUCUCAUCAGCUGCUCAAAAGUGAAUAGCACUUCCAAACUUCCAAACUUGCUAAUCAGUGCAUGCAAAAAGCACUAUUAACUUGUGUGGUGUAUACUAGAACAGAGUAGUAUUCAAAUGAGAGGUUGCUAUUUGCUUGACAAUCAGAACAAUCCUUGACCAUUUCACAUUGAAGAACAUUUUUGUACAGUAUCAGUUGAAGACAACAAUUUUCCUGUUUUUAGCUUUUAGCUUCCUAUCUUAGUAGUUCCUAAUCUAAAAUGAUCGAGCAAAUGAGAAAGAUGAAAUACAAGUAUCUCUUCAAACUUUAUUUGUUUGAGGUGCUGUUAUUAUUGGUUUGAUGCAUCUGUUGACUUUGUCUUCAACAGUAAAAAAAAUGCAAAUAGAUUCUAGUCAAAACAUGCAACUUGUAACUGCAGCAGUGAUGGCUUCUCUAGAAUUUGCAUCUGAGGGAUUUUAUAUGAGUUUAUAUAAGAGCUAUUAACUUAAUACACACAACUUGAAAGAAACAUGAGUUAAAUUAAGUUAUUUACUCCUUCUUUACUAGAAAGAGAAGGUCCCAGAUGUAGCUCAGAGUAUCCGCGCGGGUGUCCAAAAGCGAUCAGAACUAUCCAGCAAACUGCUUGAAGAAGCACGCAAACUAGAGAUGAUGCUAGGUCGUCAACAAGUGAAAACUAGAGUUGAAAAGAGCCCUUUCAAUGUCAUCAACAACCAAGUCGCCAACAACCAAACAGUUACACACCAAAUGGGUAGAGGAGGUAAAGAGACUCUCAUAUCAACAAAAAUUGAUAUAAAACUUCUUUCAACGUACAAAUGUAGCCAAUAAUCUUUUUUUUGUAUAUUUGACAGUUUUGAGAGCUGUCAGCCAUCUUUCUCAAAAACAGAAACUGCCAACUGUUUUUAUUAUGAUAGACUCUUUAGUUGAUAUAGGAUGAACUUGUUUGUAAUUAAAUGUUUCUGUAAACUUGAAACUAUUAUCACUUUUAUAAACUAAUUUUACAAUGUCGGUCAGAUAGUUUCUUAAAAAAUCUUGAUGAAGUAUAAAACAAAGAAUAUUCCUCAAAUUUUAGCAAAGCAGCCAUGGCAAAGUGCAAGAGGCAGAGGACAUGUCAAUCUGAGGGGUGGACAAGGAGCACAGGGAGGUUCCUUUGCUGGCCGAGGGCAGGCAACUAUGCGGGGAGGAAGAGGUGGGCAGCAAGGAAAUCCCCACAGUUACAACCAGCAACAGCCUACAGCAUCAAACCGCGGUGGAAGGGGUAGAACAAGAGUGUCCCCAGGUGGGAAAAGGCAGAAUCAGUCCUGGGGUCAGAAUUACCCUUAUUAUGAGAGUCAAACCAACCAGACAUUCCCUGCUGGAUCAUAUGGUGAAAAUGAUGAUGUUAGUAUAGAAUGGAACAGUGGAAGACAUGGAGAAGGGUAUGAACAUGUUCAUUUGACAGUGGCUAAUUUUCAAAAAACAAAAACAAUCUGAAAUGACUGUUCAGUCAUUCAAAAUGGAAUGUGAUAAAUGAUGCGAUAUUACACAGCCCAUAUUCUAUUGCUGGUACCUCAUGUGGUGUCAUCAUGUUAUGUGAGGUAGUCUUGCAUAUGACAUGUGAUGUCAUGGUUGCACUUUUGGAGACAACUCUUGAUAUAACUAUUUGAUGUAUUUUGGCAACACUAUCUGGUCUCUUCUCUAGUAUUUGUUAUCAUGAUGUUUUGUAACAUGCUAGUAUUGCACCCUUUUUUACCUGUUCUCAUAGUCGUCAUGUUUUGUUUAUCAUGUCAAAACAGGAAUCCAAUGUUACCCCCAGAGGCAUUCAAACCCAGAUCUCCACCUAGACUGGCACAGUACAGUGACAAUAGUGACGAAUUUUAUGACAGUUACUAUGGAAACAACAGUGGCUCAAAUUAUGAGGUAAAUUAAAUUGGCUUCUAAAUAAAGCUAAAGUAGGACAAGGCAAUAAAUCAAAUGACAAAAACAUAUAACUAAAUAGAUCAUUAUAAGUAACAAGCAUGGAAAAAAGGACAAAGUUUGUAAGUAUGAAUUAACCCUUUACACCCUAACAUCAGUAUGCAAGUUCUUCAUACUGUUCUCUAUACAUUCCUUGUGAUACUUACAAGGAGAGUUUGUCUGACAAUCAGGAACUCCUUAAGUUCAUAAUAAUUUCCUUUAUUCUCAUGACUGUAAUGUUUGAUUAAGGUUGAUACUGUAAGGAGGAAUUGUAUGUUUAUCACUCUUUGGCUCUUAAGCUUAAUUUUGCUUCUUUUUUUUUCAGUUUAAUAGUCCCUAUCCUAAUCAAACCACAAGUGAUCAAAGGUCUGACCCAUAUGGGCAGAUGCACAGUGCUAACGAACAAAGGUUUCACCCAUAUGGACACGCACCCACUACUGUCGCAGGAGGUGUGACUGGUGGUAGUAGCAGUGGUGCUGGAAGUGUUAGCAGUAGAGAUCGUGCUCCAAAUAACAUGAGCCUUCUCCAAGGAGCAAUUGAAGAUUUGGUGAGUAGUAUGAAACAGAUAUAUCUGUAUGUGCGCAGUGAUGAGACACAUGUACAUUAAACUCCUAGUGGGUUGUUUCCCUGGUGGUCAAUGUUGAGACGCAUUGUGUCAUUGGAAACGUAAGAAAUGUACAAUGCAGCUAGUGGAAUGUGCGCAUCGUUGAUUAUCUGGCUAGCUGGUCAGUUGGCUGGCUAGCUGGCUGGCUACAAUGUAGCAGCUCUAUAUCUGACUGACAGACUGACUGACUGACCAUGCUUUCUUUUAAGGGAAAACUUGUGACCAGCGAGGAAGAUGCAUCAAUGGCCCUACAUGUGUCUAAUGCCCUUACACAGGCCUUACUACAGUUUCGCAUGAACAACUUACCAAAAGAGGUAAUUACCUGUCUCUACUAUAAUGUAGAAUCUUUGUACUUAAAUUUUUUUAUUUUAGUGUAAAUUGCGUUUUCAGUUAUCUGACGUGCUCACAGCGAAAGGGAGAGAUCCCUAAGUGACUUUGGAGGCAAAAAUCAGCUGUUUUGAAACUUGUGCGCGCCGUUAUUUUUGGAUUGUGUGAUAUUCCAAGGUUACUCAUGCUAUCUUUACUAGUUAACCUGUGAACUAAAUAAAUGCCAACCACAUGAGGGUUGAGAUCCAAAUAAGCCAUAGAGGGAAAUUUAAAAAAAAAAACAGAGAGAUUGUUGUUUGAUUCCAGUAUUUCUUUCUAUUAAGUGCUUGUUAACUUUCCUUUAUCAACACGUUUACUACUUUGUUGUCUCUAGAGUCUCGGUGACAGCAACACAACAGGAGCAGUUGGUGCCUCAUCCACAAAUCCUGGGACCUGAAUCCACUCGUGUUAAAGGACUUUAGAACUGUUGAACGCUGUAACUAAUUGAUUAUUUGGCACUCGUAUAUUUCACGUGUACUUCAGUGUAAAUAACAAACGCCAUAAGUUUUUAAGAAGAAGAGUUAAAUUUAGCAAGGUGACAUUUAAAAUUAAAAUUACUUAACUAAUAGUCGUUAAUAAAAGUCAGUCUAAUUUAAAG